CGUCCGCCAAGGCGACGAGAUAGCCGCUGCGUACACAACUCACAAUGAACAUGGCGACGAUAGGUAAGGCUAUGCCUUACACGUUAUCGCAAUUAUUUGACAAUGCUUUCGAGCUGUUCAACAGUAUUAAUAAAUCACAAGAACCGACGAAUAGUCCAAAAAUACAGUCAGACAUUAGGCAGACAAUGCGUAUGUUCGAAGAUGCAACAAAACUGGUAUCUGUAGUGAAUAUGUUUAGUGACAAUGAAACUUUCGAUGAGGUAGCUACAGAGAAUAUCAAGUAUUUCUUACUACCAGCUCUGUUGGGCAAGCUCACCACCAAAAUAUGUGGCAGCGAUGACAGAAUGCACCUUGUUAAAGUAACAGAAAUCUAUUUUGUGGACUUUUUGAAACGGCUGAAAACAUAUGGUCUGACAGAUGUCAAAAUACCAAAGAUUGAUAAUGACAAGAAUGAAGCAGGAGAUAAUCAAAAUAAAUUGAAGGAUGAAUCUAGUAUGUUGGAGGAUAUGGUAACUCGUAGAAAUACAAAGUUACAAAGAUAUAAGCAAGAGAAAGAUCUGGAAUCUCGUUUGGAUAGUUUAAAGAAAAAUUUAGACAAUCCAAAUGUGGAUGACGAGAUAAAAAGAGAAUACUUUGUUACUCUUCUAAGAUUAUAUGCAGUUCAGAUAGUAGAAGAAUUGAAUUUCUUGGAAACAGAGAAAACAAUUUUGGAAAACAUGAAAGAAAUGGGACCAAUGCAUACUAUGGCUUCCAAAUCACAUAUGACUCAAAAGCGAAAACCAGCUCCAAAAUUACAACCCAUCAUCAUUACACGUGAUGAGGUACAGAAAAAAGUCUUUGGGGCAGGUUAUCCAAGUUUACCAGUCUUAACAGUUGAAGAGUUUUAUGAACAAAGGGUCAGAGAUGGAGAUUGGCCCGAUCCGUCACAGCGUAAUGCAACAAAUUCUCGAUGUCUGCAAGACACGAUGAAUAAAGAAAUAAGCGCCAACGACGAGGAGAACGAAGCCAUCUUGAAGGAAGAUAUGGAAGAGAAAGAUGAUCCCGAGCACCUCGAACAAGCGCGCGCAAUGGAUGAAUAUAAAGAUAUGCAUCGUCGCGGAUGGGGUAAUCGUGCUAACAGAAGUUAAAUUGAGGACAUAUUUAAGAUUGUUGCAUGUUACAAUAUUCUGUGUCUCGGGUACGUAUUUACGUUGUCUUUUUUACGUUAGCAUUCGAAUAUUGUAACUUUGUAUCAAAUAAUGUUUUAUUUGAUUUAUGCAAAGUUGCAGAUCUAACAAAGUUUUUUGGCUAGUGAUACGUAUUUUGUUUUAUGAGCAGAAGAAGGAAGAGGAUGUUAAUUUUUUAAAAAGAAUAGUGUAAUCAUGUACAUGUAUAUAUCUAUACCUUGAUUAUUAGUAAAUCUAAACAAAGCUACAUUUUUGUAAUAAAUUGAACAAGAAUUUAAUAAUCUCCCUGCGAUUAAAAUAAUUUUCGGCAAAAUAAAAAAUAUAUAGUUCUGUGCAAAACUAUAUAUAUUCCGAUUUGUGUAUAUAUAAUAAUAUAUAAGAUUGUGUUGAGUGUGAAUAGAGAAACGAGUCCUUUAUCACAGAGUUCGAUGUUAUAUGUAUUGUACUGCAAACUCAUCGAAACACAGGAAUAAAAUCAUUAAGUAAUUUA